AUGUAUAAUUCGUGUGCCGUUCCCAAACCAGCUCGUGAUCAUGUUUAUCGAAGCGACGAAGGUCUGCACAUUCGCCCGGGCCCGGACAUGACCAUGCCCACAACCUCAUUCAUCUGUCCGUUGGUAAUAGUGUCUGAGGCCGCCUUCAUUAUGAUGAACUCGUGUUCGUCGAUGAUCAUAAAACGCUCACAAGCCCGGCAUGUGGUCUCGAUGAUCCAGUUCUCCAUGAUUCCGCCGCAGGUGUCAUCAACCACCCUGUUGCCGAUCUUCCGCAUGUCCUCGAGCACGACCACGCGGAAGCACGACUCGCAGUAG